AUCAGCCUCCCGUCGCAGCUCCCAUGCAUGAGACGCUGAUGACGUCCUUCGCCUGGCGCUGGCUACGGAAGCCGUGUAGGGAAACGGGCGGUAACGCGGCGGCGGCGGGCGCUUGUGGGUCUCCACCCGAGAGCAUGGCGGCCGCGGAUGUGUCGGUGCGCAGAAGAAGAGGCGAAAUGAAGACACAGACGAGGGACUGUUUUCUCUAAACUUUCGACCUUGUGGUUGCUUUAAAGACGACCUCGUUUUUCAUUUGCAGCUCCGAGAUUCCGGGUGAAGCUUUGUUAGCUUAGCCAGUACUGCAGCUAAUGUUACUCUGCGCAGGAGUAGCGCCGUUUUCGCCGUGUGGAUGAUUUAGGACCGUGAGCUCAGCAAAUGAAAGAACCUGAGCUGCCUAACGCGCCGACGCUGGAAAUCGUGCAGCAGGUAACCGGAUUGCGGUAAUAGUCGACGCCGGGCAGGAGCGCGAUAAUGCACCACCGCGUCUUCUUCGUUUCCUUGUUCGGGCUCCGCGCCUUUGUGCGCCGCUUGUUUACUUCGCCUAGCUAAAAGCAAAAGAAGGGCGCCAGGAGCAGCAUGGGACCCGCUUCGUCACUGGGACUGUAGCUAAAACGCAGCUUUGCCUUUUAUUACGUGUUUUUAAAUGACGAAUACCGGGUGCUGGUGCACGCUCUGUGUUGUUUUUGUUUAAGUUUUAACGGUCCGCUAAGAGCUAUGCGCGAGUACAAAGUGGUGGUGCUGGGCAGCGGCGGCGUGGGCAAGUCCGCCCUCACCGUGCAGUUCGUCACCGGCACGUUCAUCGAGAAGUACGACCCGACCAUCGAGGACUUCUACCGCAAGGAGAUAGAGGUGGACUCGUCGCCCUCGGUGCUUGAGAUCCUGGACACGGCCGGCACGGAACAGUUCGCAUCCAUGCGCGACCUGUACAUCAAGAACGGCCAGGGCUUCAUCCUGGUGUACAGCCUGGUGAACCAGCAGAGCUUCCAGGACAUCAAGCCCAUGCGGGACCAAAUCAUCCGCGUGAAAAGGUAUGAGAAGGUGCCGGUGAUCCUAGUGGGCAAUAAGGUGGAUCUGGAGAGUGAGCGGGAGGUGUCAGUGAGCGAGGGUCAGGCUUUGGCUGAGGAAUGGGGCUGCCCCUUUAUCGAGACCUCAGCCAAGAGCAAGACCAUGGUGGAUGAACUGUUCGCCGAAAUCGUCCGACAGAUGGACUACGCAGCGCAGCCAGACAAAGACGAUCCCUGCUGCUCCUCCUGCAAUAUACAAUAACCCUCCAGUACGAGGGCUCGCGCACGCGCACACACACACACACACACACACAUGCACAAACAUGCAGGAACAGUCAUAUACAUUUACAAAAUACACAUAAAUUUCAGUAGAUGUUCUUUCUGGUGCAUCAGAUUUCUCAUAGUGUAAUUCAUUCUGGCGUAUAUAUGUCCGAAUGAGGAGUUUUUGUCACUUUACUUGACUGACUCACAGAGAAGUGCACUGGCCUUAUGAGUGAGUACCCUGUUUCCUGAUGGAGUUUAGUGUCCACUUCUCCUGACUUUGUUAACACUAUUUAGCCAUUUGGUUUUUUUUUGUUUUUUUCUUUUCAUAAAUUGUUUUCCUGUUGACUUGACCCAUUUUGAUUGAAGAUGUGUUUUUAAUAAUGUAACUUAGACGGAGCUCUUAUAGCCGAAGGAUCGACCUCCACAACCUCAACCAUUAAACUUUAAUAAAAGAUUGAUUAGCGGUAGAAAAAGAUAGGAUGAAACACCCACUCCAACACUACAGAAAAAAACAUUUCAAACAUCUCCUUUCCCCCUUUGGUUUCAGUUGUGCUGAAGGAUGAACUUGUAGACUAUUAUGUAUUUUUUUUUUUCUUUCUUGAGCAUCAGUGUGAUGUUGUAUCAGUUGUGUGUUCUCUUUCUGAGCGAUGAAGACAGGACUCUGACCACAGAAAUCCCAGGCCUCUUUCAGUUUCUGUGGAGUUUUCAUCAUCCAGCAUUUGAAUUUUGCUCCUGAGUUGGGUUAAACAUUCUUCACAUGGUGCCAUCCAACUCCACUAUAGUGCUAGCGUUUCACAAAAAAAAAGGUGCACAGGGAGAAACCCCAUUUCAAACAGAAUGAAAAUGAAAAUCAUUGAUGAUGAUGCCGGUAGUCUAAAUAUAAUACGUGGAUGUUGCCAGUUCCACUCCGGCUCCUCCUUCCUGUGAGCCUGUAGACUACGUGCAUGGCCAGAAUACAGAACAGCCUGAAACAGAUUUAAAGCGUUUGAGCCUAAACGACGAUCACUCCGGUCAGACCAGAGCAGUGAGGUGCUGUGUAUUCAUUGUUGAUUUUAUAUUUUUUUAUGUGAACAUUUACUCUCUCCUUCCUGAAUGAAUGGUGACACUCUUUCAUCUGGCACCUCAAUAAAGUGUGUUCAACACAUCGUCCUUGCUAACACUCCUUUUAAUAAAAGUUAUGACUGUAGGGAAGGUCAUUUUACAGAAAAGAGAGUUUGUCAUGUACAAUCUGCCCUGCUUUUAUUUAAAUGAUGGUAAGAUGGUGUGUUAAUCUGUACAUGUGGGAGUGCGAAAAGACAUUAAUCAGAUGAUGCCAGUGUGUAUGUGUGGGCAUGUUUACAUAUCAUGGUGGGGAACAAAUGUCUGACAGUUUUGACCUUGUUUGGACUUUUGUCUGGUCCCUAUGAGGAAAACUGAUUUUUACAAAAACUGACUUUUAUUUAUAUAUAUAUAUAUU